CCGGCCCUCCCCGUCGACGUUACGCACGCAGCCGUGGCGUGCCCGCGAGCCAAAUAACAUGGAGUCGUCCGUCUGGCGUCUUCAAGGGAUCCAUGCAAAAGCCUGAAGCGGCGAUCAAACGCAAACUUUCUACACCGGAGCGUCCGAAGCGUGUCUCCGAGCGUCGUGUCGGUGCGUAAAAAGGCGUCUGUGAGCUGAAGUAUGACGAUCGGCGCAUAAACGGCGCGCCGUCCCCUACCAUCCGCAAACCAGCUCCGCUUUCAACGAGGAGGAGGCUGCACAAUGUAGGAGGUCUGGUCACUGAGGGACUCCAUACUGUUCUCUGGGGGAUCAUGGAGCCUGAAGGGCCCCCUCACACCCCAGGGACCAGCUAUGGGCCCCGGACUCCCAACUCAGCACAAAACUCUGAUGCAUCCAUCUUCCUCAACUGCACCUCAGAGCCUUCAUGUUCUCCCAAUGUGAGAGACGACCUGAUGUCUGCCAAAUGCUCGUUGGGCCACAAUGGAGAUGAGACCUCUGAGCAGACUGAGAGCAUUCAGCCCAGUGCCGAUCCAGGGAGGAGUGCACAGAGGAAAUACAAGUCCUCAGCCUUUUCUUCCUCCCUGAGCUGGGACUCUGACUCGGAGAAAGAAAUACUAGAUGAGGACGAGCUACAGCACUUUUCAAACCCUCACGGUCUGGCUGCUCACAGCCCUGGAUCUCCUUCUUCUGGACUCAGACUUGAUAAUGAAGAAGAGAAACAACCUGAAAAAGCGCAGAGCUCGCAUAAUAAGAUGGGCACGUCUGACCCUGUGGAGGGACAGGCCAACGGAAGCACAAAGACAGAAGGGCCAAAUACACCUCAGCUUCAACUUGCCGAAUUGUCAGAGAGCAAAGUCUGGAAUCUAUCUGAGGGAGCUGAAGUGUUUCUGUCCAAAGUAAACCCAGAAGACGCUUGCCAAGUGGAAGAUGAAGGAGGUAAUGGUGAAAGAGAGGACAUAAAAGAGAUCCAGGACUCUGAGGAGAGAGAUGUAUACACCUUCCCUGGAGAUUCAGACCCCGAGAGUCCCCCGCCAGCCCCCUGGGCUCACUGCACAUUUGUUCAGCGGUGCCGAAAGAAGAGAGUCUUGUUGAAGCCCUUCUCUGGCCUCAGCACAUGUAAGUCCACAGUGCCUGAGACAGAAAGCCAGUCUGGAUUGAGUCCCCAAAAAUCUAAAACUGCAGAGCUAGAACAGUUGAGUCAAGAAGGUGGGAACUGUGACUUUGAGGAACCCAACUUGGGAGGAGUGGAAGAACAGUCAGAGUUUACAGAAAGUGACGGACUCAAAGAAGAAAGUGGGGUUGAGCCCAACAAAGAAAUUUUCACCUGUGUGGAAUGUAGCAUUUACUUCAAAAAGCAGAUCCACCUGCAGGAGCACAUGUUUGAACACUGUCAAAGUGAUUCAGGGGGUGACAGGAGGGACCCUUUAGGAAAAGGUUGCCCCUUUCGGUGUGUGGAGUGUGGAUGGAACUUGCCAAAUAGGCUUGAGCUGACGCAACACCAAAGGAUGCAUGAAGAGUCCCGUGUGAAGAUCCUGGAGGAGAUAGAGAAGCUGAAUGAAAAUGGGAAAGCAGAGGAGAUUCCAAAAUCAGAUCCAGACUCUGCUGCUGUGCAAGAAGAAAGCUCAGUCUUGAUCAAAUCGCCACCUCUAUCCCCAGCCACCAUACCGACACUGGACACAGAACCAGCAAUUCUUGCCUCGGACACAACUCCAGCAAAUUCAUUUCCAACCCAACCACAGUCCCGAGCUGUUUCGUAUCGUCGCCGCUUUUUCUGCUCCAAGUGUAACUUCAGCACAAGAACCUCACAGGCACUGUCUAAUCAUGCAAAGACCCACAAUAGAAGGAAAACAGCAAACACCCCAAGUCUCCGGAUUAAAGGUCUUGUGGAUGAUCAUGCCCUAUCCCGUAGUUCCACUUUACGUUUAGCACCCAGUUCUCUGGCCUGUGCUCACUGUGCCUUUGUAACACAGAACCCAUCUAUUUUGAGGCAGCACCAAAAACUGGUUCACCCAGGAGACACCUCCAUCAGUAGGCCGUGGAGUGAUGUGAUUAGCCGCCAUUCAAAGUCAGGUGUGGGUGCUUUAAUUUCCAACAGCUUGGUAGAUUCAGACCAUGUGUCUGGGUCUGGAUCCACCAGUACUCUAGAGGGCAGUCAGCAAGAAGUCAUUAUUGUGGAGGACAGCACAGAACCCGAGGGUGAUCCAGAUAAACCAGCUGGAGAGGUUUUUAAGAUCACAAGGAGAUCCAACAGGAGAGGGAAGGAUUGGACUGAACAGGACACAUUUCAACUCAGGUUAGAGGAUAAUGAGCUGUCUGGGAGUGACACGGAACAAGAUGAACAUCAGAGCACAGAUCUUCCCCAAAAGGAGUCACCUGUGAGACUGAAACCACACACCAGAGCACAAUCCCGCACAGAUGACUGUUCAUCGCAGCCUUUAAAGGAUGAAGAAAAGCAGAAAAUGGGGAAAGACUCAAAAGUUCCUUUCCUGAGGAGGAGCAGCCGGGUUACAGCUGCUUCUGCUAAAAUCGACAGCGAUGAUGACGACGGUGUUGACGCGCAGCGCAUGCGACGCUUCCUGUCAAAGAGCAUCUGGAUCGAAGACAAAGACGAGACGGAUGAUGAUGCAGAAAUGCUGAAGAGCGUUGAGAGGAAAUGUCCCUACUGCCCUGAUCGAUUCCAUAAUGGCAUUGGGCUCGCCAAUCAUGUGAGGGGCCACCUGAACCGAGUGGGUGUCAGCUACAAUGUUCGUCACUUCAUAUCUCCAGAGGAAGUCAAUGCCAUUGAGAAGAAGUUCUCUUAUCAGAAAAAGAAGAAGAAAGUUGCCAACUUUGACCCUGACACUUUCAGUGUGAUGCACUGUGAGUUCUGUAGUGCUGGGUUCGACACCCGAGCUGGCCUGUCUAGCCACGCCCGAGCCCACCUCCGUGACUUUGGCAUCACUAACUGGGACGUUACCAUCUCCCCAAUACACAUCCUGAGGGAACUGUUUCCCAGCAGACCUGAACUUGAAAUGCCCACAUCUUCCCUGCAGAGCUCCGAGGAUGACGAGGAUGAUGAGGAAAUAAUUGAGAUAAAGCUGGAGGGCGAGUCAGGUGAAAGGUCACCAAGUACUUCUAAUGUACCCAAUUCAGCAUCACCUCAUCCGUGGAAGACCGAAGAUGAAGAAAACUGCGAAGGUGAUGAGGAGGAAGCAGCUGAGGAAGAAGAGGAUAAAUUGCUGAUUCCACCUCUGGAUGGUGUGAGCUUGAGAGCCACCCGGAGGUGCGAGUCAGACCGAGACAGCCUCUCACCGCAGCAGGAUGCAGACGCCAAGGUCCAUAACCUGAAGUGUCGAGUGUGUGGAGCUCAGUUUGAGACUAAGCGGGGGCUGUCCAGUCAUGCCCGUUCUCACUUGCGCCAACUGGGAAUCACGAUUUCAGAGAGUAGCGGGGCACCCAUUGCCCUCCUCUACCAGAUUGCUAAGGAGCGCAACCUAGAUGGCAAAUUAGGCUCACCCCUUCAGGAUCCCGCGUCAGCCAACAACUCCUCCUCACCUCGCAAAGAUGAAGACUUAGAAGACGAAGACGACAUGGACCUGGACGAGAAGCUGAUCCCACUCUCUCUCCUCACCAAAGCAGCAAAAGCAGUACCGCCGUCCUCUUCCUCUUCCUCCACGCCCACACCUUCUCCUGGUGGGUCUCCACCUCCGAUUCAUUCAGGCUCUCCAUCUGCAGUGGUGAGAAAAGCCCCCAUUUCUUCUCUCCUGCCUGUGUCUUCUCCCUUACGCUCCCCAGAACACAAGGCGGGAGGAAUGAAAAGCUUAACCUCUAAUGUUACCAAACCCAUCUGGGCACCACAGGAGGAUGAUGCUCCUCUCAACCUCACGCUGGAGAUGGAAGCAGACAAGGACAUUGUUUGCCAACUGUGUGGGGCCUGGUUUGAGACACGGAAGGGACUAUCCAGCCAUGCACGAGCCCACCUGCGACACUUUGGAGUGGAGUACUCUGAAUCCAAGGGCUCACCCAUUGACCUCCUCAACCACCUCAUUGACACUGAUGACUUCAAGCACAAAGCCAAUGAAUUACAGCUUGAGAGCCACGUAGAGACUCACACCCUCUCCCCAGCCAAGCAAUCUCACACAACUCUUUCAUCAUCUUUGUCUUCGUCCCUCCUCUAUAAGAUGACCACAUGUGACAUUGGGUCGACAUCCAAAGCUACCUCUUCCACUGCCUCAUCUUUGCUUGGUCCAUCAGCUAAGCGCCCCAAGUCCUCUUCCAUGCAGGUCUUCCGCUUGAGUAGUGGGGAGCUCAUGGCUCUUCCCCACAGUGACCCUCCAAAGGAAAUAGGCUGUGAGUACUGCGGGGAAUACUUUGAGAAUCGUAAAGGUCUCUCCAGCCACGCCCGCUCACACUUGCGCCAGAUGGGCAUUACAGAAUGGUCUGUCAAUGGUUCCCCAAUAGACACCCUAAGGGAGAUCAUGACAAGACGGGGUCUGCCUAGUGCCAUUCCUGCAAAAGCUCUCAGAACUCCACCUCCAUCUUCUCCAGGACCCCCUCGAUCCCCUCUGUCAUCGUCGUCUUCUCCGUCUGCUUCAGUCCUCAAUCGUGUCCCCUUUGCCUUUGCCCGCCCAUCUAGCCCUCAGCCUGUAGUGUCAAAGUCCAGCUCAGUGCCACCUCCAACCACUUCCAGUGGGCUGAUCCUCAAACUGAAGCCGGAGCCAGUACAACUGGAAGUGACUGCGCCUGCAACAGUCGGGAGAUCCACAGGGUUCUCUGCACAAUCUCAUAACUCCAGCUGGAACAGCUCUGACAGUGUGUUCCCCCUCAAUCUGGCUGUGUCCCAUCAGUCAGAGCCUACGAGGGACAUUCGCUGUGAGUUCUGUGGGGAAUACUUUGAGAAUCGUAAAGGCCUCUCUAGCCAUGCCCGCUCCCACCUGCGACAGAUGGGCAUUACACAGUGGUCUGUCAAUGGGUCACCUAUUGAUACCUUGAGGGAGGUAAUGCGCAAGAAAGGGUUAAGCACCUCCUCUAGGUCAGACCAGGGAGUGAAGAAGGAGUCGGGUCAAGGAGCCAACAGUCCUUCAUGGGAGCGCCUUGGCAGCUCAGACGGAUUGGGCAUUGCAGGUUACCAGUCCUCCAGAUUCCGUAAAUCAUCUCUCACUUUGUUGCACUCAGGCUCGAGGUUCCAUAAGCAGAGCUUGGGUUCAGCAGGAACCUCAGUACCCUCAGCUCCAGGAAAGUUUUUCAGAAUGUCCCCAUUGGGGAAGAGGAUUCUUUCUGAGGAGGGAUCCACAGUGGAGUCUACCCACUCAUCACCAAAUCAGCUUAAGACUUUCUCAUCUUCAUCUAAUGACGUCUCAUUUAGAAGAAAGGUUUCGCCGGACAAACAUGCACACCAGGAUCCAAGCUGUGAGCUCUGUGGAUUCUUCUUUGAGAACCGUAAGGCUCUGGCCAGCCAUGCACGAGCCCACCUCAGGCAGUUUGGCGUCACAGAGUGGUGUGUAAAUGGAUCACCUAUUGAAACACUUAGUGCUUGGAUUCGCAGCAGGCCUCAGAAGGUGGUGGAGAUGCACCGUAGCUACAUGCAGGGUAACCGCUCCAUCCAUAAAAAGAAGACCUCCUCUUCUUCCUCUCAGUGGUCAUCUUCUACGGUUGCAAACCUGGUGCGGUCAGCGAACCAUGACAUCAAUCAGAGCUCUUCCAAGACAGGGGACCGUGAAGCAGGUACAGAGUCACAGGCCCCACUCUCCAGGGCCGACUACGGACGUCCAGGUUCAUCGCAGCUCUCUGGGGUCCUCCCGCUUCAAGCACAGGUAGCGCGGAGUGAGCUUAACGUCCGUCUACCAAGAGGUUUUGAGCGCCGGCCGUUGAAACAUCCAUCUUGCUCAGAUGGAGGAGAGAGGGACAGUGGCCCCCCUAAAGUUCCCCGCACAAGCACCGUUCCUGCCCUGGUUCCAAAACCACCCGCUUACCCAUUGGUCAAACUGGUGGGCAAGGUCUACACCCUGAAGUGCCGAUUCUGUGAGGUGGAGUUCCACGGUCCGCUGUCAGUGCAGGAAGACUGGAUCCGACAUCUUCAGCAGCACAUCGUCAAGAUGAACUACAACAAGCCAGCUGCGCUCAAAGCAGCCUCAACUGAGCCCACCUCCCUGGCUGACGACCUAUCCCCAGGCCAGCCCUCUACUCCAGCCUCCACCUCUACCUCCAGUACCAGCUCCUCCACCCCGGUUGUAGUCCCCGUUGCGGUCACUCCUACUCCCAACAGCCACUCUCCCACGCCGCUGGCCGAGCGUGCUCCAACUGACACUGCCACAGAGACAGAACAGAUCUCACAGGAGCAGCCCACCCUCACUGAAACCCCUGUUCCCCUCCCCACCCCAAUAGUGUAACCUACAUCAGUCUUCUGAUUCCAUCUUUUCCUCCUCCCUUCACUGUUUCUUUUAUCUAUUUUUAUUCUUUUGGCCUUCAGAAAGCAUUGUUAAGAAGCACUGUUCCUCCUCUAAAGAGCUCUCUGAGCCCCAAGCCCCUUUUAAACAGCUUUCUUGACUCUUAUUAAGUCCUGUUACCAUGGGAACGAAGCUCUCCUGGCUUAUCUGUGCACGGCGGAUUGGUGAUUGCUGGAACUAUCCAAGGUUACGAGGAGAGAUGAACUCAUGUUUUGUUUGUUUAUACCGAAUGUCCAGUUGUUGACGCAGAUCGUUACUGUAUCUUUCCUGCCAUUCAGGGGUUAAUGUAGCCCUUAUCAAAGUUUAACCCUCCCUGCCUUGUCUACUACAGCGUUGACCCCUUUUUUCUUGUAAGCAGUGCGUUAUUAAGACCUGCUGGGCUUUUAUCAGUUCUCCCAAGCAUAUUUGAGUGAAAGUGUGUCCAUUUUGAUGGCCUGAGCAGCUCUUUAAAAGGUCCUGACUGAGAUUAAAUGAUACCUUAAUUUUUAAUCAUGCUAGUCUUGUGGUUGAGACUUUAAAUGUGGUAAAAUGUAGGGCCAGAUUUACAAAGUAUGGCAAUUUUAAAAAUAAAUAAAUAAAAAUUCAGUGGGAGUGGCCAGCUCUACA